UUUCGGAAUGUCCGAUGAUAACCACUUUGUGCACAACGACAUUUACAUAAAUUUAUAAACGACGUGCGCAAAAGUGGUAAGAAGCAUCAUGAGCCUAGGAUUACUUGAUAUCAUCUUCGCGACACGAGCCCUUUAAGUCGAUUCAUUUUCACAUUCUAAAGCAUAUACUUCCGUACCAUCCUUUUAAUUACAAUGGCUACACUCUGGACACGAUUAACCGACCCACUCGACCAGCUAUGGUCAGUAGCCUACUCAAGCUACCCGGCUUCUCUCAUUGAGUUUGUUGUGAUAGUGUCUGUACAAUUCCUGGCCUUCUGGGUUCCAGCCACUAUCUACCUCGGGAUAGAUCUACUCUUUCCCGCAUUCUCUAAUCGACAUAAGAUUCAAUCCGAGCGCCGACAGCCAUCCUGGGAGCAGAUUAGACACUGUAUCAAGCAUGUUGGGCUCAAUGAAGCACUCGGAGUAGUGAUUCAAGUUCUCAUACGCAACGCCGUUGGCUGGGACAAGACCGCCUUUCUUGUAACUCGCGCGUUGCCGUCUCUCUCAACUAUCGCCUUCGACUUUGUCUUUGCCCUAAUCGCCCGGGAGAUGUCAUUCUACUAUAUCCAUCGAGCGUUUCACCACCCUAGAAUCUACAAAUACGUACACAAAAAGCAUCAUACGUUUACCGCACCUAUGGCAUUUUCCGCACAAUACGCCCAUCCCAUUGAGCAUAUAACAGCAAAUGUAAUGCCGAUUGUAUUGCCGUUAGCGCUUCGAAGAGCACACUUGCUAUCUUCUAUGGUCUUCGUUGCAUUUGAGUUAUGGGAAGCGGCAGCAGACCAUAGUGGAUACGAUUUUGUAAAGCUGCCUCCAGCCCAAAUUCACGAUUUGCAUCACGAGAAGUUCAAUGUGAACUAUAGUACUGUUGGAAUCAUGGAUUGGAUACAUGCGACCGAUACUGUGGGCUGGGACAAACCCAAGAAGGUGUCUGUGGAUUAAGGCACUAUACUGGGGUUAACCCUAUCGUAAUGGCAAUAAAGAUAUACGAGGAGUGCUUCUAAAUAG